GGUUGGCAGAAAUAGGAGAAGAAAAUAGUAUAUCCUCCCCACGUCGCCGUGCUCGUUUUUGCGCGUCCACCAGCCCGCCCCCCAACCCCACCCAGCGCGACGAAGCCGGGGGGGCGAUCGCUCCAGCGCCGCCGGCGAUCUCACCCCCCGGGAGCCGCCGGCGGUACCUCGCUCUCUAUCCCGCCUCGUCGAACCCCCAGGCCUCAGGUCUAAGUAGUUCGUGUGGUUUUGUGAGUUAUCCAACACCGCAAAGAUGAGUACUGCUAAUCGCUAUCAACACAUCAAGUCAACGAAGCCUGUUGUAGGCAAAGCAAGAAAAUUGAAGGAUCUUAUGAUAAAAAGUGACAAUAGGAUAUGUGCUGAUUGUGGUGCACCUGAUCCCAAAUGGGCAUCUGCUAAUAUUGGAGUGUUUCUUUGCUUAAAAUGUGGUGAUGUUCAUAGGGCACUUGGACCUGACAUUUCAAAGGUUUUGUCUAUAACUUUGGAUGAUUGGUCUGAUAGUGAUAUCGACUCUAUGCUUGAGGUUGGUGGAAACUCAUAUGCAAAUUCAAUUUAUGAGGCUUUUCUUCCAAAAGAUCACCCAAAACCCAAACCAGAUUCAACGAUGGAAUAUAGGACAAAAUUUAUAAGAGCUAAGUAUGAGACACAAGAUUUUUUGAAGCCAAGUUUGCGCAUUUCAUCAAGAUCAUCUUUUAAAUCUACCACUUCUGUGAAGAGUGUAGAUAACAAUUUCUCUAGCACUUCAAGGAAGGAUGUCUCUGAAGAUACAAGAGAAUUUGUUGGAGAGCUGAAUAUUACAGUGGUGAAAGGUACUAACUUGGCCGUUAGAGACAUGCUAACAAGUGAUCCAUAUGUUAUUUUAACACUCGGAGGGCAGACAGCUCAAUCGACAGUUAAAAAAAGUGAUUUGAAUCCGGUAUGGAAUGAAGUGCUUAAGAUAUCUGUUCCUCGAAAUUACGGACCUCUAAAACUUGAAAUAUAUGACCAUGAUAUUUUCUCAGCCGAUGAUAUCAUGGGUGAAGCAGAGAUAGAUCUCCAACCAAUGAUCACAGCCGCCAUGGCCUUUGGAGAUACUUCACGUCUUGGUGACAUGCAAAUUGGGAGGUGGUUCAUGACCAAAGACAAUGCCCUGAUGAAAGAUAGCACAGUGAAUGUUGUGGCAGGCAAGGUAAAACAGGAGGUGCACUUAAAGCUGCAGAACGUAGAAUCAGGUGAGAUGGAGUUAGAGCUAGAAUGGGUUCCGAUCCUCUAGACUAAUGAUAACUCCCCUGAUCUGUCUAAAAGUCUAUCCUGAAGAUACAUCGAUGUUUUCAAGCUGUCCACUUGAUGGUCUUGGUCAUUUUUUCUGGAUGCUUGAAUCUGUUAAAAAUGUCAUUGUAGAAUAUCCUGGUGUAACUGUCGGUUAUACUCACAGCCUUUCAUUUCACCCCCUUUAACUUGUUGUCAUGCCUUGAAAGUACUCGUUGUCUCUUGAUUGUUGUUGUAUUGCCCCAUUGAAAGGACCUGUCUUAUAAGAACUGACAAUUAUAGCUAUUCGGGAA